CUCACUACUAGGGAAGCAUAGGCAACGCGCAAACAGCUUGCUGGUACAUUGGCAUCUCUAGACCACUGGGAAAACCCAACAUGCUGUUGCUGCUCAGUGUCUUUCUCACCGUGUGGGCUCUCUGUGCUCAUGGACAAGAAAGAACUUGUGAUUUCCCACAAAUAAAGCAUGGAAACAUCUAUGAUGAGGACAGAUACAAACAAAGCUUCCCAGUUGUUCCAGGAAAAUAUUUCUACUACUCCUGCCAUCACAACUUUGUAUCUCCUUCACAAAAGCCCUGGACACAAAUAACCUGCACAGAGGAAGGCUGGUCGCCAACACCAACGUGUCUCAGACAGUGCUUUUUCCCCUGGGUGGAAAACGGCCACUCUGCAUCUUCAGGACAAGUACACCUGGAAGGAGCCACAGUACAGAUUACCUGUGAUACAGGCUACAGACUUCCAAACAGCCAGAGCAACAUCACGUGUGGUGAAACUGGCUGGUCUGCUAGCCCUAUAUGCAGUCAAACAUGUAAAGAAUGCAAGAUCCCUCAAAUAGAUAGAUACUUAAUGGUUCAACCUCGAAUUGAAAAGUAUAAAGUUGGAUCAGUGCUGAAAUUCCUCUGCAGACAAAGACUUAUUAGAGUUGGACCAGAUUCAGUUCAGUGCUACCACUUUGGAUGGUCCCCAAAUUUCCCAACCUGUAAAGGACAAGUAAAAUCAUGUCCUCCACCCCCUUCACUCUUCAAUGGGGAAAUCAAGGGAAAUCAGAAAGAAGCAUAUGCACACGGUGACAUGGUGGAAUAUGCCUGCAAUCAGAGAUUCCUGAUGAAAGGUCCUAAUAAGAUUCAGUGCACUGAUGGAGAAUGGACAGCCUUGCCUGUCUGCAUUGAGGAGGAGCGCACAUGUGGAGGUAUACCUGAACUUGAUCACGGCUAUGCUAAGCCUUCCUCCCCUCCCUACCAGCAUGGAGAUUCCGUAAAAUUCAGUUGCAAAGAAGGAUAUACAAUGAUUGGAAAUAGGUCCCUCACCUGUAUUAGUGGAAUGUGGACCCAGGUUCCUAAUUGCAUUGCAACAGAUGAACUUGAGCAAUGUACGCAACCAUUAUUAUUUGUAAUGGGUCCAAGUCUAUCAUUUCAUCAUAAUACUAAUAUAAGUUACAAAUGUAGAAGAAAGCCAGAAAGCAAAUACUCAGUUUGCAUAAAUGGAAAAUGGGACCCUGAAAUAACCUGCAGAGAACCACAAACAAAAUUCUGUCCACCUCCACCUCAGAUUCCCAAUGCUCAUGCUAUGACAACUACAGUGAAUUAUAAGGAUGGAGAAAAAAUAUCUGUUCUCUGUCAGAAAAAUUAUCUAAUUCAGGGAUCAGAAGAAAUCAUAUGCAAAAAUGGAACAUGGCAGUCAAUACCACACUGUGUUGUCUCUAAAGAAAACUGUAAGCCCCCUCCUUCUAUUGACAAUGGAGACAUUACCUCAUUCCCACUACGGGUAUAUGCUCCAGGAUCAUCAGUUGAGUACCAAUGCCAGAAUUUAUAUAAACUUGAGGGCAGAAACACUAUAACAUGUUAUGAUGGAGAAUGGUCAAAACCACCAAAAUGCUUAGAUCCUUGUGUGGUAUCAGAAGACAUCAUGAAUAAACAUAAAAUAAUGUUUAGAUGGGUAGAUAGAAAAAAACAUUAUGUGCAAUCAGGGUAUUAUAUUGAAUUUGUGUGUAAACGUGGAUAUGAACAGAUAUCCCAUCAGCCCUUUAGAGUACAGUGUGUGGAAGGGAAGCUGACAUAUCCCACUUGUGGAUAAAGCAAUGGUUAAAAACAGUCUUAAUACUACUACAGCAUGAACAUUUGCUCAUCAUUUGAAUUAUUCACCCAAUUUUUCAAGUUUUGUUACUCAUUUUAUGCAUAAAUUGUGUGGAUUGUGUAAUUUUAAUAUAACAGACCAAUAAAACCUUGAAGUACUACAGUGAAAAAUGGCAACCCAAAAUUCCA